CACAAUCAGCUACUCAAACGCGGCAGCUGCAGUCCGAAUGAACGUGAGCCUGUCUUAAACUUAAAAUCAAUCUGCUAAUUAUUUGGUGAGGAUCAAACAAGACUUUACUCUGGAAAAUCCUCGAUAGUUGUUCGCGUCCUGACUGAAAAUGAAGGCUAGGCUUCAUUCUGGCGCUGACUCGCGCCCUCAAAGUUGCUCAAAAAGCGAUGAGGACGGAACAAAUCAAUGUAUCAUUGUCAAGCUGGAAGAAGAAGAUCCAGAAACUGAGAUGGAUCUGAGUAUAUUCGCUCCUGUCGAGUCCGAUAACUCAAAUGAUGAUGAUGAUGAUGAUGAUGAUGAUGAACUCUCCUGCUCAUCCAGAGCUUCUACAUGGAGCAGAAGAAACAUCCGAGAGCGAGAAAACCAGGAGGAUUAUGCGCCCCUGAAACAGUCUCCCAGGAGGAGUUUAAAAGGACACCAUGAGAGCAAACAAACCUUUCUGGAUGAGCAGGGCCCAAAACAGAGUCCUGACUGUAGUGCCGCACACGGGGACAUGAACGUAGGACUCCCUUCUGAGGAGCACACAUUUUACCAAGCUGUGCCUCCGUGUGAUUCGGCCAGAGGUCCUGUAGAGAUGUCUGGACUGAACAUGGCAAUCAGCCCUUUAGCUGCCAUGGAGCCUCCAGUAUUUCCAAAUGCACCAGAACAGAGCAAAUCUGCUGUCGGGGAGGACCAGCAGAAUAUGCUGCUUGAGGUCCUGAACUAUUGUAGGUUCCUGCAUGCAGCAGUGCAGAGGCUUGAACAGAAGAUUGACAUACAGAUGUCAAAUGAGCCGUCUUAUGUAAGGAGCUCAGCAAGACUGAAGAAUGCUUCAAAGGUUCGUAUGUAAACCAUUUACC